AUGAAAAAAGCUACUACUACCACAACUACAUCUACUGUUAAAAAAACUACAACUACUACAACAGCAGCAACAAAAACUACUUCUACUACAGCUUCUAAACCAGCAGGAAGUACAGCGGUUAAAAAAGCAGGGACUACAGCAACUAAAACAUCUACAAGUACUGCUAAAUCAGGAACAUCAGCUGUAAAAUCAACUACUACUACAAAAGCUAAAACAGAUACAAAGUCUUAAAAUAAAUAAAAUGCUGUAAAAAUAGAAGAAAAGAAGAUUGAAGUUAAAUAGGAUGAAAUAAAAUAAGAAGUAUAAUAACCGGUUGAAUAAAAAAAAGAAGAAUAGAAAGUUGAAAAAUAAGAAGUAGUGCAUGGAGAAGUUACUAUUACUUACAAUCAUUACAAAAAUAAAUUCCCAAUAAUAAAUGGAUAAAUUACUAGCUAAGUUAUAGAUGAUGAAUAUUGUAUGUCUGCGGUAUUUUUAGGAAACUUUAAGAUGCAUUUAUCUGAUAAAAAUAAAAUAAAAGUUGAAGAAAAAAUAAAUAGUGAUAAUGUGACUACGUUUUCAGGGUUAAUAACUGGUGAAACGUAUGGAUUGUAAAUCGAAGAAGAUGAUGCUGCCGAAGCCUAAAGGGAAAGUAAAGCUUUUGUUGCAGAGAAAAAGGAAGAUAAAUUAAGAGGAGAAAGGAAAGAAGGGUGUUCAUGCCUUUAUGGAAAUCCGUGCGUUGAUUCAGGAGUUUGCAAUGAUUGGAAAAAUAGAUUUGAGGUGGCAAAAAAGAACGGAUGGAAAGGAUUUUAGUGA